AACGAUUUCACGCAAAAAAAUUCAAAUCAUUGACUUGAAAUAAAUUAAAUUUUGAUUUCAAUUAAAUUGUCUUGUUAACGAUCAUUUUUUAUCUUUUAUAUUAAAUCUCAAAAAUAAGGUUCCAUUAUAGAAGUAUGGAGAACAAAAUCAUAUGCGUUCCUGGGCAACGGUUAUGUCGAAUAGAUCCAACAUAUGCUAUGGGCCAAGGAACUUAUAAAAGACAAGAUUACAUUUAUUCAAGUCUGGCAGGAAUCGUUAAUAUAAAUAAGAAAAAUGAAACAUCUGUCAUAGAAGUAAUCAGUAAAGAUCGUACUGUAGUACCAGCGCCAGGAGAUAUUGUUACAGCAAUGGUGACUACAUUAAAUCAAGACAUGUGCAAAUGUCUAAUUACGAGCGUUAAUGGUCACGAGUUAAAUGAAACGUACAGAGGAAGCUUAAGGAAACAAGAUGUACGCACCAAAGAAAUCGAUAAAAUAGAAAUGUUACAAUGUUUUAGGCCAGGAGAUAUCAUUUUGGCUAAAGUUUUACCAAUGACCGAAGCCCAUACGUUCAAGUUGACCACUGCUGAAAACGAACUUGGCGUAGUCAUAGCGUGUAGUGAAUCUGGGCAUCCAAUGACUCCAAUAAGCUGGACUGAAAUGAAAUGUACCGUAACAAAUUCGGUGGAAUGUCGAAAAGUUGCUAAAAUUGUCCAAGACGAUAAGGACAAAUAAAUUAUUAUGCAACUACCCCGUAAUAAUAUAUAUAUAUCAACGUACAU